AUGGCUGACGAGGUAAGGGAACUGCACUCCAUUCCUCCGACGCCGUCGAGGGCCGAUGCUCACACGCCGCCGAUCUCGACGCCGCCAUCCCAGAUCCAGUCUCCCUCCAUCAUACGAACGCCGAGGUUCAUGCGGACGCCUCUCGCCAGUCCGAUGAAGAAGGCGAUUGUGAGCAUGCGAGGCUACUUGGAGGAUGUUGGCCACCUUACGAAGCUCGAUCCACAGGAUGCAUGGCUGCCGAUCACCGAGUCGAGGAACGGGAACGCCUACUACUCGGCGUUCCACACCCUUAGCUCAGGGAUUGGUUUCCAAGCAUUGGUGUUGCCGGUGUCCUUCACUGUCCUUGGAUGGACAUGGGGGAUUCUUUCCUUGUCCGGAGCAUUCAUCUGGCAGCUAUACACUCUUUGGUUACUCAUUCGACUGCAUGAAUCAGUCCCUGGAACCCGUUAUUGCCGAUAUCUGCAGCUUGCUAAAGCUGCCUUUGGUUCAAAGUGGGGCAAAAUCCUAGCCUUGUUCCCCACCAUGUACCUCUCAGCUGGCAUUUGCUCUGCCAUCAUUAUCGUAGGCGGAGGGAGCAUGAAGCUCUUCUUUGACGAUGUUUGCGGGUCAACAUGCAACUCCAAGCCACUGACAACCAUUGAGUGGUACCUGGUUUUCAUAUGCCUUGCAGUGAUCGUUUCACAACUCCCCAAUCUCAACUCCAUUGCUGGGAUCUCUCUCAUUGGUGCAGCCACAGCCAUCACCUAUUGCACACUGAUAUGGGUCGUGUCCGUAAGCAAGGGCCGACAACCAGGAGUCUCUUAUGAUCCUGUAAAGACCAACUCAGAUAUGGAUAAAUUGCUUCGCAUCCUCAAUGCUCUUGGAAUCAUUGCUUUUGCCUUCAGAGGACACAAUGUUGUCUUGGAGAUUCAGGCCACCAUGCCAUCAACUCUGAAGCAUCCUUCCCAUGUACCCAUGUGGAGAGGCAUGAAAGCAGCAUACUUGAUCAUAGCAUUGUGCUUAUACCCCAUUGCAAUUGGUGGUUUCUGGGCUUAUGGGAACCUGAUACCUUCAAGUGGCAUCUUGAAUGCUCUGUAUGAAUUCCACAGCAAGGACACUUCCAGGGUAGUGCUGGGAUUGACAAGUUUGCUUGUGGUCAUCAAUUGCCUGAGCUCCUUCCAAAUCUACGCUAUGCCAGUCUUUGACAACAUGGAGGCAGGAUACACCAGAAAGAAGAACAGGCCCUGCCCUCGCUGGCUUCGGUCAGGGUUUCGAGCCUUCUUUGGAGCAAUUGCCUUUCUUAUAGCAGUGGCAUUCCCAUUCUUAUCAGAUUUGGCUGCCCUGAUGGGAGGGAUUGCAUUGCCUGUAACCUUAGCUUAUCCUUGCUUCAUGUGGAUUGUGUUGAAAAAACCACAGAGAUAUAGUGCCAUGUGGUACAUAAAUUGGUGGUUGGGAAGCCUAGGCAUGGGUCUGAGUGUAGCAUUGGUAAUUGCAGGAGUAUGGCAGAUAGUGAAGACAGGUCUUAAAUUACGUUUCUUCAAGCCUUAGUAAUCAAAUUAACGAUAGAAGAACAGUGGAAUAGUUCACAACUUCCUUGUAGUCCUAUUUCUUGUGACCAUCCACUAAUGGAGAAAUAUAAGAUGUUACUACCAUUGCGCUGGAAGUAUUGUAAAAUAAGCAUAUUAUAGAAGGUUUUGAUUGUUUGAGAGACAUUCA